AUGGAAGAGAUGUCCCCAGCAGUUGCAGUUACUCUUAGCUUUGGUAGUUCAAUGUGUGAAAAUUCAGGAAUUGCAAAUCAUGUAGAAAUCACACGACUCAAACUAGUGACAGACACGGCAAGCUUGCUGUCAGAUCCAGCACCAGUGCCAAAUGAUAAUUCUAAUUCUAGUUCGAAUAAUGGGGUUCCCUUAUCAAUGCCUGGAAGGAGUGAUGUGGAACCUGAUAUGUCACAGAUGAUACAGAAGGCUGAAAAUGAUCGGCUUAUUCACAAUACCGUGAUUCAAGAAACUGAAGAAGAUGAAAUCCUAUCAGCAGGGGAUGACCCUAGCAUAAUUAAUAGCUUGGAGUUGCUGCCCCUGGAUCCCACUUCAAACAUAAGCUUGCCUAUGAAUUCUACUUUAGAGAGAAGUUUGCCCAUUGCUGUCGAAAUUCAGGGCAUUGAGAAUGGUCAAAUAGUUGCAAAGGUCAUCAGUGUGGAGGAGAGAUGUAUACAAAAGGAAUUUGCUGAUGGUAUCCUAAGAAUACCUACUGAACGAACUGAAGAAUGUUCUAAUGGACCUACAAUAAAGGCGUCUGUAGUUUCUGUUCAGUUGCCCGGUGAUAAGGAUCCAUGCAAAGGAGGUGUUAAGAGUGUCUUUGAGUUGGAGUGUGUGCCAUUAUGGGGUUCAGUUUCUAUUUGUGGAGAUAGGCCAGAGAUGGAAGAUACUGUCAUGGCUGUACCUCAUUUUAUGAAAAUUCCCAUUAAGAUGCUUAUUGGGGAUCGUGUAAUAGAUGGGAUAAGUCAGACUUUAAGUCACUUGACCUCUCAUUUUUUCGGGGUGUAUGAUGGUCAUGGUGGAUCUCAGGUUGCAAAUUAUUGUCGUGACCGUAUCCAUUUAGCUUUAGUAGAAGAGCUAAGAAAUUACAAGGAUGAUUUGGUGAAUGGAAGUACUAUCGACUCACGACAGGUGCACUGGGAGAAGGUCUUUACCAAUUGCUUUUGCAAGGUUGAUGAUGAAAUUGGGGGAAAAGCAAGCAGAAACAUCCCUAAUGAAAGCAUGGAUGAGUGCAUCACAACCUUUGAAGCUGUUGCCCCGGAAACUGUUGGGUCAACUGCUGUAGUUGCAGUGGUUUGUUCAUCUCAUAUUGUAGUUGCCAACUGUGGGGACUCGAGAGCAGUUCUUUACCGUGGUAAAGAAGCAAUUGCAUUAUCAAGUGAUCAUAAACCAAACCGAGAAGAUGAAUAUGCUAGAAUUGAAGCAUCUGGAGGCAAAGUCAUACAGUGGAAUGGACACCGUGUUUUUGGUGUUCUUGCAAUGUCGAGGUCCAUUGGUGACAGAUUCUUGAAGCCAUGGAUUAUACCAGAACCAGAAGUCAUGUUUGUGCCCCGGGCUCGAGAAGAUGAGUGCCUUGUUUUGGCAACUGACGGGUUGUGGGACGUCAUGACAAACGAGGAAGUAUGCGAACUAGCUAGAAAACGGAUUUUGUUUUGGCACAAAAAGAACGGGACUAACCCAUUGGUGGAUAGAGGCCAAGGAAUUGAUCCUGCAGCGCAAGCAGCAGCCGAGUACCUCUCGUCACUCGCACUUCAAAAAGGGAGCAAUGAUAAUAUAUCUGUGAUUGUAGUGGACUUGAAAGCCCAAAGGAAGUUCAAGUGCAGAUCAUGA